AUGACAAACCUGGAGGGGAAGCGUGUGUUUGGAGACACCUGGAGAGAAAUCGACCUGGUAGACCUCCAAGCCUACAUAGUCUGGCAGGCCAUAUUCCGAGCAACCAUGUCCUUAGAACAAUUUCGUGUCCUUUCAAGAAUUAUUCAAUUUGAUAACAGAGAUACAGGACAAAAUGACAAACUGGCUGCCAUCAGGAACAUUUGGGACAGGUGGGUGGAGCGCCUUCCACUUAUGUACAAUCCAGGUCCUGAGGUGACGGUUGACGAGUGCCUGGUUCCUUUCAGAGGUCGCUGUCCCUUCAAGGUGUACCUUUCAAGCAAUCCAGGGAAAUGUGGAAUAAAGGUCUGGGUAGCAUGUGACGCCAGGAGCAGCUAUGCCUGGAAUAUGCAGGUAUACACGGGGAAACCCACUAGUGGAGGAGCCGAAGAAAACCAGGGCGUGCGUGUUGUGCUGGACAAAACAACCAGUCUCCAAGGGCAUAAUACCACAUGUGACAACAAGCCUGAACUUUCCCCUGCACAAGUAUCCACCAGCGGAAGAGAGGCACUCUCAUCAACAUGUGCUUUCACUGACACACACACACUUGUGUUGGAUUUUCCCACGGAGAAUAGAAAUGUCAUCCCGAUGAGCACGCUACACAAAGACGCCGCGGUCAGCACCACAGAGGACAGGAAGCCCCUUAUAAUCCAGGACUACAAGAAGAACAAAGGAGCUGUUGACUGCCUUGAUAAGCUUACUGGCACAUACACCUGCAAGCUAAUGACAGCUCGUUGGCCUGUGGCACUGUUCCACAAGAUCCUUGAUGUGUCUGCUUUCAACACAUAUGUGGUGUGGACAGCCAUCAACCCAACCUGGAAUCAGGGGGAGAGUUUCAGGAAGAGACUUUUCCUAGCAGAGCUGGGGAAAGCUUUGGUGAUUCCUCUUAUUCAACAGCACCAGUACAUUCCCCGCACACCAGCCUCUGCCAGUCUGGUUAAGAGUGUGACAAGCCCCAGCCACUGGCCGCUGACUCUCCCCCAACAAAGACACGGGCAGAAAAGGAAGCGCUGUGAGCUCUGUGCGCCGAGAGACAACAAAACAAGCCUGAGAUGCUGCAAGUGUGAUGCCUAUGUUUGCAAGGCCCACACACACACACACACGGCUUCAUGUUGAGUUUGGUCUUUGGCUUUCCAUGUAUUUUUUUACAUUGCAUGUUCAUUUUGUAAUACAUUUUUUUUUUUUAGUGCUUAUUUGUGUAUUCACUGCAGUUAUUUUAUGUCUAAUUCAUGUUAUACACUACUUUGAGACAUUAUUCACAGCUAAAGAAUAUUGAAUAA